AUGGCGGGCCUAGUUUGCUUUGCCUGUAAUGGGUGCUUGUCGAUUGAACAUACGUUGCAACAGAGGACUCUGUCGAUAGAACAUGGGUUGUUGGGUGAUCAGUCACAAGCGACAUUUUCAUUCACAGAGGGCGACAAGCAAGCCUGCAUUUGCGCCCAAAACAAAAAUCUCCUAAUUUCCCUUCCCGAUGAUGUGCUCUUCAAGAUCCUAUUGAACCACAGCCUUUCCACUGAAGACAUUCACCGGGCAAGCGUCACCUGCCGGAGGCUCUACUACGACACGAUCCGCUCCGCCAAAUUCGUAAACCUCCACCUCCGGCAAACCGACGAAUAUGGCCUCGUCUUCCGGUACGGCCCGAAUCGUUGCUGUCGUCAUCCCUUCCGACGGGCGGUUUUCGUUUCCAUGAAACACGGCCGCGUCACGGUAUCCGAAUACACCGCUUGCAAAUUCAGAUAUAUCUUGAAGACUAGCUGCAACGGCCUCAUCCUCGAGUACACGUCUUGCAAUCCCUUGCCCAUAGUCCACGUGGCAAACCCCAUCACAGGACCACCCUUCAAACUCCCUCCGCUCCCCGAGAACGCAGACGGUGUGAGUUGUUCGGUGGGGUACGCGGAGGCCUCGAAGGCAUACAAGGUGGCCUUGUCGUAUAGUUACGGGAGAAGGGACCCUAGGUGGGCCGUAUUCACCGUGGGUGUCGAUAGUUCGUGGAGGAAUCUUGCGAACAAGUCUUCUACCCUCGGCGGCGCCAUGUUGGUGACAGAGGGUUUUGUUCAUUCAAUUUCGAUUUCUAGGGACACUGUCGUGACGCUGAAUGUGGAGACGGAGGUUAUGACGACUAUGAGGGCCCCGAUGCCCGAGGAUGCCAAGUGCUGGUUUUCCAAGGAGUACCUCUCGACUGGGAAGUCCCUCACUCUAGUGGUUGAAGUUGAGGAUCGCGUAUUUCGAGUUUGGGAGAUGGUGUGUGAAGAUUAUGCUUAUUGUUGUUAUUAUUGGAAGGAAUGGGAACGUGAGAUUGUGUUGUUGGGAACUAAUGUUCGAUAUUUGUCUAGUAUUCAGCCGGUCGGUUGGUUGCAGCAGAUGGAGGUGUUGGUGUUUAAAGGUUCGUUAAGAAACGAUCCUUGCCGUGUUUUCUACGUGGUUAUUGCUACCGGGGAAAUCGGAUGGAUCGACCCCAUAUCGAGGAACAAGAAGGGACGGUUAGGUGGGGAAGAUUAUACAAUUCGUGGUUCAGUUUUUCCUCACAAGAACACCUUUGUGAACCCACUUACUGUCUAA